AGUCCCAGCCCAUGUAUUCUCCUGGGCUGUGUUUCUCCCAUGGCUCCUGCAGUUUUUCCAGCCUCUCUUCCUCUCCGUGUGUGCCUGCUGUUGGCCUUUGGCUUGGCCCAGGCAGGCAGGCUGCUGGUGGUGCCCAUGGAUGGGAGCCACUGGUUCUCCAUGAAGAUGAUUGUGGAGAAAUUGAGCCACAGAGGGCAUGAGGUUGUGGUAGUCAUCCCAGAGGUGAGUUGGCACCUGGGAAAGUCACAGAAUUUUACAGUGAAAACCUACUCUGUUUCUUACACUCUGGAAGAUUUAAGCCACCACUUCAAUUUUUUUGCUCACAAGCAAUGGGAAAAUCGAGAAGUAGGAAUGUUCUCACUACUGAAGCAUUCAGGCAAAGGUUUCUUCCAAGUACUGUUUUCACACUGUAGGAGUUUGUUUAACGACAAGAAGUUAGUGGAGUACUUGAAGCAGAGAUCUUUUGAUGCUGUGUUUCUGGAUCCUUUCGAUGUGUGUGGCUUAACUAUAGCUAAGUACUUUUCUCUCCCGUCCGUGGUCUUCAGCGGUGGGAUAUUUUGUCACUAUCUUGAUGAGGGUGCCCAGUGCCCAAGUCCUCCUUCUUAUGUCCCCAGAAUUCUCUCAAAAUUCGCAGACACCAUGACUUUUAAGGAGAGAGUGUGGAACUAUUUCUCCUACAUGAAGGAACGUGCAUUUUGCCCCUAUUUUUUCAAAACUGCUAUAGAAAUUGCCUCUGAAGUUCUGCAGACCCCAGUGACUAUGACAGACCUCUUCAGCUCAGUGUCCAUUUGGAUGUUUCGCACUGACUUUGUGUUGGAGUUCCCCAGACCUGUGAUGCCCAACAUGGUCUACAUUGGCGGGAUCAACUGCCACCCGGGAAAGCCACUUUCCAAGGAAUUUGAAGCCUAUGUCAACGCCUCUGGGGAGCAUGGCAUCGUUGUUUUCUCUUUGGGAUCCAUGGUCUCAGAGAUUCCGGAGAAGAAAGCCAUGGAAAUUGCUGAGGCUUUGGGCAGAAUUCCUCAGACGGUCCUGUGGCGCUACACCGGAACUAGACCAUCGAAUCUUGCAAAGAACACAAUUCUUGUCAAAUGGCUACCCCAAAAUGAUCUGCUUGGUCAUCCAAAGACUCGGGCAUUCAUCACACACUCUGGCUCCCAUGGUAUUUAUGAAGGAAUAUGCAAUGGAGUUCCGAUGGUGAUGAUGCCCCUAUUUGGCGAUCAGAUGGACAAUGCCAAGCGCAUGGAAACUCGGGGAGCUGGGGUGACCCUGAAUGUCCUUGAAAUGACUGCUGAUGAUUUGGAAAAUGCCCUUAAAACUGUCAUCAACAACAAGAGCUACAAGGAGAACAUCAUGCGCCUCUCCAGCCUUCACAAGGACCGUCCUAUAGAGCCUCUGGACCUGGCUGUGUUCUGGGUGGAAUACGUGAUGAGGCACAAGGGGGCACCACACCUGCGCCCGGCCGCCCAUGACCUCACCUGGUAUCAGUACCACUCCUUGGAUGUGAUUGGCUUCCUCCUGGCCAUUGUGUUGACAGUGGUCUUCAUUGUCUUUAAAUGUUGUGCCUAUGGCUGCCGGAAAUGCUUUGGGGGAAAGGGGCGAGUGAAGAAAUCACACAAAUCCAAGACCCAUUGAGAAGUGGGGGGAAGUGAAGGAGAAGUAUUAGUUCAUUAUCUGAUCAGUUGAAACUUGGAAACAAGUGUUAAAUCCAUAUUGUUUUUGUUAGGGAAAUAAUUCACCAUACAUUAUACAUUCAGCACAUUUAAAAAUAAUAAUAAUAACAAUCUAAUUGCUGGCCACACCCAUCAGGGAAGGUUCUAGUAUAUGUGAUGUGCUUUUCCAGUAUCUUCAGUCUAGACAACUCUUGCCAUCUGUUGGUAAUUUACAGAAAGUCUGGCACUCUGCUUUCAGUGACAGCCCCACAGUUUCCCCUGCUCCCGCCAGCUGACGGCUUUCUCCCCUGGAUUCUCAGACUGCCGUGGCCUUCUCCAGUGUUAGUCAUUCUUCAUUGUGUUCAUGCAUUAUGGGUGGCAAGACCUUUGGAGCUUUGGGAGAAGAGAUGAGGCUGUGACACUGAUGGCCCUGUGUUUGAGAUAAUAAUUGUUGCUUGUGCCGGAAUUUGAUGAAAACCAAAGUAUGUUCUAAGGCAAGUACAUCUUCUAUUGUGUUCCCAAACCAAGAACUUAUCAAUAAAUUCAUAUAAAUUGUA